UUCGAGCGCUCAACGUUGGCGGCGCGGUUGAAAAAUCAAAAUCAAAAGCAAAAGCUCAGCCACAGUGCGUACUCGCUAAGUUAAUAUACUGAGCGUGUGUUCAAGUGUUUUGUCAUUGUGUGCGUGUGUGAGUGUUUGCGUUUAUGUGUGUGUGUGUCUGUGUCUGUGUGUAUGAGCGCGUUGUGCAGACAUGAAAUGAAUAAGAAAUUGGAAAAGCACUAAAAACACAAAACGCAAAAGAAAACGCAAAGAAACGUGUUAAAGCCAAUGGGCGGACCAAGCGACCAUCAUCGGCAACAAUAAUAACAACAACAUCAGCAGCAGCAAUAAUAAUAGCAACAUUAACAACAACAACCACGACGGCAGCAACACCAACAGCAGCAGCAGCAGCAGCAACCACAACUAACAACAACAGCAAAAACAACAACAACAAAUACAACAACAACAACAUGAUGCACACAAUUGCUACAGCAAAAUAUGUGGAGCAGCAGCAGCAACAUCUGAGGCUCGAUUUGGAUUUGGGUAUUUCCAAUCAACAGGCAGAUAACGAUAUUGCAAAGGAAACAAAUCUGCAAAUGCCUGGCAAAAAUUGCAAAAAUAUCCAACAACAUCGAGGACGACGACGACGACUACGACGAUAUAGCAACAGGGGAGGAAGCGAAGGCCGAGGUGGAUUUGUUGGCAUUUUUUGGUCCAUCAAUUUGGCCAUUUUGAUUUGCCUGGCACACAGCACGAAUGCCGUUCCCACCACCGACAUCAACAACAACAGCGCAUCCUCCACAGUCGUCAUGGUCGCGGUCACGCCGAGCAGCAUCAGUUCCACAUCGAGCAGCAGCAGCAGCAUCAGCAGCACUGAAUCUGUGCUGGAGCAACAGCUACAAGGCCAAUGCCUGCUCGACGGUCUUUGGGUGCCGGAGAUGUCGGUGCAAUGCGAGAAGCAGGCAAGCUGCCGAGCCAUCCAGCGCACUGGCCACUGUUGUCCCGAUUAUAAAUGCGAUUGCGAAAAAGAUGGCAAAACUUAUGCGAAUGGUUAUAAAUUGGUUGAUCCGGAUACGCCCUGCACCGUCUGCUAUUGCAAAGGUGGCGAGAUUGUGUGCAGCUCUGUGACCUGCUUCCGGCGUGACGAUUGCAUGCCCAAAUACGUGCCAGGACGCUGUUGUCCCGAGUACGACAAUUGUCCCAUACUCGACAACAAUCCAUCGUUGGGCGAAACAAGCAGCGCACCAUCGACAACCACAAGUCCUGUGGCGCCUGUGGCACCGCCAGCUGGUUUCAAUUGGAACAUUACGAUUAAGGAGAUAACCAAACCGACAGAGAUACGCAUCACUGACAAUCAAAAGGCAAAGCCGAUAUUCACACGCAAAACGCAGACAACCGAGGCGCCAACAGCAGCCGUAGGCAGCAGCACUUUGGCAACGACAACCACAAGUGUCGUUGAGAGCAGCUCGGCAACAGCAGCAACCACUGAGGCAACAGCAACAACUCCAACAGGAGCAGCAGGUGUCAGCAAUGCAGUAACAGCAAUGCCAGCAAUUGACGCCGCAGCAACACCAACGACAAGUUUUGGGCUUAGCCAAGACACAAACCCAAAAGCACUUCCAGUCAACAGCAGCAGCAGCAGCAGCAGCGAAAGCUUAAAGCUCAUUGCUUCGGUUAGCUACAAAGAGCAACAGCAACAGCCGCUGGUUGCUUAUAAUGCUGAUGAUCCCAGUAAAGUGAACAUCAAAAGAGAGUACACCACAGAGGGAACAGAUGCUGCUUCCUAUGGCCUUAGCUCCACUUUUAUACAGAACGGAUUUCGCGAUGCUCUGGUGGAUAAUGGUGCUGCCAAUGCUGAGCUUGAGCCCGAUACAGCGGGCAGUGAUAACAUCUAUCACAUUAUAUCCACCACAGAGGGACCAAGUGGCAGCGGCAGCAGCAGCAGCACAGAGCGACAACUGAGCACCGAAUCGACUUCUAUUCAGAGUGACUUGAGUUCCACUUAUGCCUAUGAGAACAGCACAGCAGAGUUGGAACUGAGCACUGAAGGUUUGCCAGGGAGCAGCAGUGAAACUCCCGUUGCCAGCUCCACACAUUCGCUGCAUCACAUGGAGGAGGAGGAUGUGCCACAAGUGGAAUCGAAUCCCGCAUAUCCCUCGCUGCCCGAGGAUGAUUUCAGUCUGCGUGAUGUGAACUUUCCGCUCGUUGAGCUCGAGGACAUUGUGGAGGCGGACAACAAGGAUGAGCAGCGCAGCAUUGUGAGUCCGUUUGAGCGGGACAACAAGCGCAGCAAACUGGUCACCGAUGCUCCCAUCGCCUUGGAGACAAAUGGCAGCGGCAAUGGCAGCGGCAGCGGAAGCGGGGACAUGGAAUUGUAUCAACCGCUGCCCUCGCCCAGCGAGCAGCUGCAAGCUCAGGUGCCGCUGAUGUACAGCGCAGAGGAUAGUUCCGCUGAGCUGGGCAAGAUUAGGCGCAAUCACAGCCAGCACGAGACCAGUGCCGAGCUGGAAAGUGGAAGUGGAAGUGGCAGCGGCGAGUUGCGCGAACCAACAACGCCCAGGACACGCUAUGUGCCCGUGCAGGACAUUGAUGAGCUGGGCUCGGGCGCUGGUCCUGUGCAGAGCACUGCCCAGGAUCCCAAGGCCGAUGCCGAGAGCCUCAAGCUCAACGAGAGUCAGGAGCAAUCCUCGCCAGAUGUUGCUGCCAAGUCGUCAGCGCGUGCUGAGAAGAGCUUCGUGGAACUGAGCAGCCUGGGAGCGGGGGGAGCGGCACUGCGUCCCGACAGACUCUUUUUGCAGCGAAUAUACUGAGAGGAGGCUGGCAGCAGACAACAAAUCAUUUUUGGUGUAUAUACAAACUAUAACACAUAGCAGAACUGUAAUUAAUUUAAAGAAAUUAAUUAAUCGCAAUUACAGCUCUUCAAAAAUAACUAAUAGAGUUGAGCAAAAAAAAAAAAAAAUAA